AUGGAUUCAUCGCAACUCUGCCGGCCGAUACCAUCAUCUGAAACCAAGCACCUUCCUUUGCUCAAGUACCCUCUUUGGCCACCCAUCGAAGGAUACUCGAUCAAUUGCGGCCAUCAACGAGUAAUUCACUUGAAUCAGGACGAUAAUUGCCGCAUAUCAACCGGCUCAACCCUUUGGCUUAGUUCACAAAUUCUUUCAGCCUAUCUCUUGGUCACCCUGUCAAAAAAUGCGGCUCGCGCGAAAAAUCGCUCGACAACAGCUGUAGAAGUGGGGGCAGGAACAGUCCUGGCUACCGAUAUUGAGCCCACACUGACUCAGAUCUUAGUACCGAACGUCCGCAAGUGGAUGGAAGACAACUCAUCAGCCGGAAAAGUCUUGCCGUGCCAACUCAAUUGGAAUCUAGAGCUAGAUUGGCAAUCGGUUAAUAAUGCCUUUUCGAGGAAUGCUGACCAGGGCUUUCCAUACGAUCUGAACGUGACCCCUGAAUUCACUAGGCAAUCAAGAGUUUUGCUAGAUAGUGAUGCCCUUCCUGGUACCCCAAUCGAUUUGAUUGUUUCAGCGGAUACGGUAUACACGGUGGACUUGAUUCGUCCGCUGUUAACCACCCUCAGCAUACUCUCGGCCCGGUCACCGAAACAACCAAUAAUCUACAUUGCCUUGGAACGUCGGGAACCAACUCUGGUGGAUAGUUUCUUCCAGAUGGCUGUUGAAAUGGGAUUCAAAGCCACUCAGGUGGAAUCCAACCGUCUGCGUAAGCUGGCUGAGAGCAUGGGAUGGAUCGAUGAGGACUGGGAAGCGGUGGAAGUGUGGAAGCUUUCCAUGAAGCAAAUUCGUGCAUAA